UUGCAAAUCUACAGUAUAUUUUCUGAAUUUAGACUCGCUGCGUAUGUAUACGAAUAUCUAGUUAUCUCUGGUGCAACCAAGACUGCCGAAGUGUUUAAGGAGGAAGUUUUGAAUGUAUGUCUCAUCGGUGUUUGCGUUGUUCUUAGAUAUAUGAUUAAAAAGUUUAUAUCAAUUACUAGGCUUUUCUGGGAUCUAUACUGUGCAGCUCCUGAAAGGAGAGAUGGUCCUGACGGUCAGUCAACACAAGAGGCCAAAGCCUUUCAUGACUUUGUAAGUAAUCCACAUAGUACGAACUUUUCCCGGAAGUAUCCCUAUAAAGUAAAGUUUUAUGUGCUGAACUCAGUUAUCGUAAUUUCAGGGGUUCGUUCCUGGUGGUUUUGGUCCACCCGGUCCGAUGAUGAAUGGCAUGCAUGGCCCUGGGGUAAGUUCACCACCAGAAAGACUAGCUUUUUUCACAACAUUGCUCCAUUUCUUGUAGUGGACAUAUGUGAACAUAUAAUGUUCAGAAGAGUUUGUCUGUGGGAAUUUCCAUUGAUUUCUCUGCUUGUUUCCUUUCUAUUCCCGGUAAUCGCGCUGAACUUGUUAAGACGAUAG